GUGGCAAUGGCGUCUCCACUGCACACCGUGAACUUAGCCACUUGCUUUGCCUAUCUUAUUAGCUAUCUACUACGUACUUCCCACAUCAAGCAAAGCCACGACGACCACGACCACGACCACGAGCACGAGCACAGCUUGCCUCUUGCGUUUCUCGGAGUUAAUUUCCUAGCUACACAGCCCAGCUGAGCAAUGGGGAGGCAACCGUGCUGCGACAAGGUGGGGUUGAAGAAGGGGCCAUGGACGGCGGAGGAGGACCAGAAGCUCGUCACCUUCCUCCUCGCCAACGGCCACUGCUGCUGGCGCGCCGUGCCCAAGCUCGCCGGACUGCUGCGGUGCGGGAAGAGCUGCAGGCUGCGGUGGACCAACUACCUCCGGCCGGACGUCAAGCGCGGCCUGCUGUCGUCGGAGGAGGAGAGGACGGUGAUCGACCUGCACGAGCAGCUGGGGAACCGGUGGUCCAAGAUCGCGUCGCAGCUGCCGGGGAGGACGGACAACGAGAUCAAGAACCACUGGAACACGCACAUCAAGAAGAAGCUCAGGAAGAUGGGCAUCGACCCCGUCACCCACAAGCCCCUCCAUCAGCCCGCUUCUCCUCCUCCUCUGACUCGGCAGGAGCAGGACACCGGUGGCGGAUCGCCGGAGAAGGAGGAGAAGGAGAAGGAGAAGGCUGUUGUGGCAGCUACGCCAAGCGUCGGGCACGAGACGUUCUGCGCCGACGAGGUGCUCAUGGCGCACCUCCUUGACGACAUCGUCUUGCCACCGCCGGCGACCAGUAACAGCGGCCUCACCAACGACACCACGGCCUCUUCUCCCGACUCUUCGUCGUCCUCCUCCUCCUCCUCCUCCUCGUCCCCGUCGUCUUACUCGGCCUCGGUGCCAGCGGCGGCGUCGUCGAGCGGUGGCAGCAGCGGCGCCGACGACGGCGAGUGGCCGGAGUGGCCGCAGGUGAUGGAGUGGCCUGAGUCCACCAUGUGGCUGGACGACGUGGUGACGACCGGCCCGGCGACGGCGUGGGAGUUCGAGGACCCCUUCGUCAUCACGUACCAGAGGAUCGAUCUGUUCGACGAUCACGAUGAUCAGCAGGAGACAUGGAACAACGACGACGGCAGGGUCGAGCUCUUCUGAGCUACUACUACUAGCUCUCGUCAUUAGUUUUUUUGUACUUUGUAGUCAAAAGUUCAUCGCCGGCAAGCGUACGAUCGAGAGUUUGCGAUCGAUGCACAGACAGUACCAACCAUCUUUCACAGUCGUUGAAAAUAAGUAAGAAAAAGAGAUGAAGUGGUUGCAGUCUGUUUCCUACA